GAAGGGAAGGAAGAGGACGCUGACGGCUAUCCUCUUGGCCGUGCGAAGCUCUCGCUUGUGUCUUCCGUUUCCUCUCCCUCUUGCUCUCGAUCAGCGUGUGCGUGUGUGUGUAGCUCGGUGGAUCUUUAGUUAGUUGGCUGUUCCCCUCCCCNCUCUCUCUCUCUCUCUCUCUCUCUCUCUCUCUGUGAGGUAGUUAUAAUAGACGAAGCAUUUCUUGGGCUUGCGUGUCGUAGACGAAGCAUCGAUUGGGCUUGUGUGUCACCACGUUGUUUGAUCACCUCAUCUUUACACGGUUGAAGCUUCGAAAGGUCUUGGGGCUUGGCUUGUAUCUGAAGCAGCAAGGGGCAUUGAGGCUGGGCAGAGCAAUAGCGUGGGUUGUUGACAGUCUGUUAUCAUGUGUCGGUGGGUGAUUUACCGCGGGCCACGUGUCCCACUUGAGGACAUCCUUGUGAAGCCGUCUCACUCGUCUAUCACGAUGGCGACGGAGCACUACAUUCCGAACGUCAUCAGCGAAGGUUCUGAUAUUGUGGACUUGUUACACGUGACAAGGCGCAACAUUUGCGUCAAUCUUGACGGGUUCGGCAUGGGUUGGUAUGCCGGCGACCUGGAUGAGACGACAGAAUCGGACCCUGCGGGCGAGGGGGGAGCGGAGGCGCGGGGGAAGGCGAAGACCCAGCACGUGAAGCCGCUCAUCUACAAGACCAUAAAGGCUCCGAAGGACGACGAAGAGGUGCACCGCAUUGCCAAGGAGGAGGAGAGCGGGUGCAUCUUUGCGCACAACAGGGCGUCCAGCGCUGGGGCCAAAGACGUUAUCAAUUGCCAUCCUUGGAGUUAUGGCAGGUUCAUGUGGAUGCAUAACGGAACGAUUGCUCGCUUCAGCGCUGUCCGUGCUGCCAUGUUGGAUGAGAUGGGUCCGCAGUUUGCCGAUCAAAUCCAGGGGAAGACCGACUCGGAGUGCGCCUUUUUCUUGUUUCUUCACUUUCUUGCGGUGGCGUUAGCUCAUGGCAAAGGUCAGGCGGAGGAGGAAAAGCCCUUCUUUGACGCGGAAGCGGCGUUGAAGAUCGAUACUACGGCGACUCUGCUGGCAGAUUGCAUGGAGAAGACGAUCAAGAAGGUCGUGAAGCUUGUGGACAGCGUGUGCGACGAAGAAUGUCGCAAGCGGGAGCUGUCGUCGCUCAACUUCGCCGUCACCGACGGUGUGAAUGUCGUCGGGUCUCGUUUCCGAGAUUCGAAGAUGGAACCGCCUCCAUCUCUCUACUAUGCUCACGGAAUGAUGUGUCAGCAACCAGACGGGUCGUUGGACUUUGUCGAAUCCGAUUCUGAUGGGGACAAGCUCACCCGGGCGGCGAUCAUCAGCUCUGAGCCCUUGAUUAACAAUGACGCCUCCAUGGAUCUGCAGGUUGAUUGGCAUCUGAUCAGCGCCAACCAUCUGGCCAUCAUUGACGAGAACAGAGAUCUGACGGUGAGACCGAUUAGCAUCGAAUUCGACGUUGCAGCCGACAAGUUCGUGCGCAGAAUCAAGUGGCGCGCUUUCGCUUAAGUCACUCACUCCCACACCGGUGCUGUCAACGGUGCGGCGUCUCCUUCGACAGCACAGCGUCCACCCCCGACGAUGCUUCCGCCAAUUUUGCCGCCAAGUAGCACAAAUUUCGCGUGCACCCUGCUGGCAGAACAUCGACGAGACGGAUUUUUUCCACGUUUCCGGGAGCCCAUCGUCCACCUUUAUGUAUUUCUGCGCUUGUGUUGUGUGUGUGUGUGUGUGUGUGUGUGUGUGUGUGUGUGUGCGAGAGAGAGAGAGAGAGAGAGAGAGAGAGAGAGAGAGAGAGGAGCUGGUCGUUUCUUUAUAGUGAGUUUUUGUGAGGAGCUUGCUUAGCUUACCGGUCCUGUGGGAACCUCUGAACUGGUAGCACUCCUUGUGUGCGUGUUCUUUCGUGAGGCCAUUCGAUAUUCGGUCAGUGGUUUCGUAAAAGAAAAAAAAAAAAGGCUAUUAGUCUUGGGGGUCAGCUCUGCUUGGGUACGAGUCCACUUCGAUAGUCUAAAACGGCGGCGCUUCUUUUUUCAGCCUGAGCAUCUGCACGUGCCAAUGAUUACUGUGGCGUGCUUACCGUCUGUCGCUGCGAAAGGUUCAGAAUCUGUGGAAGGUGGAGUCUCAAUGCAAGCGCCGACCUUUGGGUGACGAUGGAUCUUGAACCUUUGGGUGACGACGGAUCCAGAACGCGAAACUGGCGAGCUUUUAAAGUGUGGCCUUUUCGAUUCUUUUUGCUUUCGCCUUCUCUCUUUCCCGCUCCUUUUCCUUUUUCCCGCGUUUUUUCCUACUAGGUGGCCGUCUGCAUAGCUGGAGUUCGAACUUUUCUUUUUCCCGCGCUUUUUCCUACUAGGUGGCCGUCUGCAUAGCUGGAGUUCGAACUUUCCUUUUUCCCGCGUUUUUUCCUACUAGGUGGGCGUCUCUAGUUGAUGGCUUUUGUGUCCCUUUAGAGCUGGCUGUAUUUCACGUGUCAUUUAGUAUGUUUAUUGCGAAGAAGAUCACUGAAAUUCUGGAAUCCCAGCGCGCCCAAGGCUCAAUGACUACAGACCGAGGGGGAUUGCCAAAGGCGUGUUCACACUGGGACUUUCUUUUUGCCUGAAUCUGGACGUACUGCCAGUGAAAUGCGUCCAAUUGCGGAAAGUUUAACCUCUUAGUUGGAAACCUUUGGCGGUUGGUUGGAUGCGUAUUGAAUUUCCUCCUCCUUGGAUUGACCGAGUCUUCCCCAUCGCGCUUUUCGCUUUCUCUUUCCGUUUGCCUUUUUAACGUGCCGUGGUCAUGGCUGGCUUUCUGGGUUCGAUCGUUUUAUAAUAGAUAAUUUGUGCUUUGCUUUGCUUGUUUCACUUUCGGAUUGAAGUGAAAAAGAACGUUAGCUUCUUCGCCUUUGACGUAUCAAAGGCGGCGGCUUUGGUAUCUCUGAAAGCGUCUCGGGCAGAGGGGUGUAGCUUGACCAACCGUCGAGCCGUAUCUAGCUUUGUGAAGAAUGCGAGGAGAGGUUUCUCUGCAUGCUGAAGAGGCAUGAGUCAGAGGAUCAGAGGCGAAAGGAACGAGAAGGGAAGGGGAGGGGAGGGGAGGAAAGGUAGGGGAUGAAAGGUCGGUAUACGCAUUCAACUUUUGUCGUGUUACAGUGCUGCAAUGCGUAGUGUACGUUUACCUGUGAGUAAAAUGGCAGGAGAAAU